AUGGGCUGUGGUGAAUCCAAACAUGUCGCAACCGGAAACACCAUCAGCCGGAAGAAUUCAAGAGCAGAAUCCAAGAGGGGGAAAAGUACUUCAGAAGCCAUUAAAGAAACAACCGAACUUGAUAGCAACACAAGCUCAUUGGUGAAAGAGGAAUGCAAGAAUAUCAAUCAGGACUCUGCUGCAGACAUUUCCAGGGCUGUGGCUGAAAGUACAGAACUGAAGAAGGAAGAAAAUGGAGAGAAUGAUAAGGAGAAGACAAGUGGGGUUGCAAAAGAGAAUGAGGAACCUAUUGAAGGUGUUGCUUCUAAGGGAAUUUCUGGAAGAUCUGAGUAUCACUCUCCACCAGAAGAGGCUGGGAAAGAGAGCCUGUCUGAUGAGAAUGUGAAACCGGCAGAUGCUUUGGAGGCUAAAAAACUGCCCAAAGAGACAAAAGAAGAAACUCUGGAUGAAAAAGAAUCGGCUCAAGAGACAAAAGUAGAAACUAAAAAGGAAAAUGUGGAGGAGACAAAAGAAGAAACUGGAAAUGGAGAACCUGAAACUGUGAAGGAAGCGAAGAUGGUAAAAGAAACAGAAACAGCAGAAACUACAAAAGCUAAAACUUCAACCCCAGUUCAGAAAGAGGAAGAAAAGCCAGCCGGUUCACCUGCCCUGGAUUUGAAGACAGAAUGA